GAUUGAGGAGUAUCAUCUUCUGCUGAUCUUCCAUACAGAGAGCAGCAUUUAUUACCAUCAAUGAUUAACCAGUGAAGGAGGUUGGUGGACUUGAAGUCAGAUUCUGACAUUGUUGAAAGGAGACACGACGACGUUACACCUUGAGAAAUCUCUGAGGAAUAAUGUUCCACCUGGACUGAGAAAAGACAAAUUACUGUAAAUAUAAUUUGGUGAGUUUUUAUUUUUUUAGGAACUGUUUGAAAAAGUCAGAAAAUGGCUGAAAAGAUCGUUCUUUUUGAAAGUUACCUGAGCUGCCAUGUUUGUUCAGAGACGUUCAGAGAUCCGGUGUCUCUGAGCUGCAACCACAGCUUCUGUUCAAGCUGCCUGCAGCGAUUCUGGGAACAAGCUGGAAACAAGAACUGUCCCAUCUGUAAAAGAAAAUCCUCUAAAGAUAAUAUUUUAGUGAAUUUCCAACUAAAGGAACUGGCCGACUCGUUUGCUGGGAGACAGAAAACUGGAUCAACUGAGACAGAAAAAGGAGAGACAAAGGUGGAGGUGGUGUGUUGUGAACAUGGAGAAGAGACUAAGCUGUUCUGUGAGGACGAGCAGAAAGCUGUGUGUCCUGUCUGUGAGUUCUCUCUCCACCAGAGUCACAAGGUGGUUCCUCUAGAACAAGCAGUCAGGAACCUGAAGGACCAGCUGAGAUCUGACUUGAAGUCUCUGCAGGACAAGUGGGACAAACACCAACAAGUGAAGAAAACAUACAAUGAAGUGAUUGAACUCUCCAAGAAGCAGCUGGUGUCCACAGAGAGGAAGAUCAGAGCAGAGUUCAACAAGCUCCACCAGUUCCUGAGAGAGGAAGAGGAGUCCAGACUGGCAGCUCUGAGGGAGGAAGAGGAGCAGAAGGGGAAGACCAUCAGCAGAGAGAUAAAGAUGAUUGAGGAGCAGAUCUCCUCUCUGUCAGACAGCAUCUCUGCUGUUGAAGAAGACCUGCAGAAAGACAAGGUGUCGUUCCUCAGCAGUUAUAAAGCCACUCAGACCAGAGCCAGAGUCCAGAGCUCACUGACAGAUCCACAGCUGGACUCAGGAGCGCUGAUAUAUGUGGCCAAACAUCUGGGCAACCUGUCCUUCAGAGUCUGGGAGAAGAUGAAGGACCAGGUCCACUUCAGUCCUGUCAUUCUGGACCCAAACACUGCAGAAUACAGCCUCUAUCUGUCUGAUGAUCUGAUCAGUGUGAGAUAUGGAGACACAAAGCAGCAGCUUCCUGAUAAUCCAGAGAGAUUCACUAAG